AUGGCGAUUGCUAACAUGAAAAGCUUGGCCUUGGCAAUGCUUAUGGUUGUGGCUUCCAUUCUCCUAAUCUCUGGGAACCAUAAGGUCUCAGCUAAAUGCCAAGGCUCUAUUCCAAACCUUAUUUCCAAAUGCUCGACGUUUGUUAAGAAAGCUGGACCGGAAAAUCCACCAUCGGCGGAUUGUUGUGCGGUGGUGAUGGGUCUUGACAUUCCAUGUGUUUGUAAUCUUGUCACUCAAGCAAUUGAAAAUAUGAUCAGCAUGGACAAAGCUGUUUAUGUUGGACGAACAUGUGGAUUAUCAAUCCAGUCUGGACAAAAAUGUGGAAGCUAUACAGUUCCUUAA